ACCUGUCCUCCCUCCCUCGGUUCUCAACAACGGGGUUGUCUGGCCUGUGAGCGUCGCGCAGUUCACCCUCAGACACGUCCAGGUCAGGACCUUAACUCACUCGGAGAUGCGCGCGUCCCUCCUUCCUCUCACCCGGCGUGCUGUGUUCUCGCCGAUAGAGACAAUAACCUUCUUCUCUAUCGUCGGUACUCUAGCCUACUUCCACGUUCUCUCGGACAUCAAGCACUCCGCUUUCUUUGCCCCAACCUUUCCCUCUACUCUGCGACCCACCCAUGCUCUUCUCCGUGACGGCGAGUGGGUUGGCGUCGAUGAGGAGUGGUAUAGGCGCCGCGCGGCUGAUCCGAAGCAGGUCAUUCUCUCCUCCCAAUCGGUCUCGGCACGACCUGAGGAUGCGACUGCAUCAUACGCACCACUCGAUUUGGCUCACUUUGCAUCCUCUAUCAAUAACCUAACCCAUUACAUCUCUCACGACCUCUUAACUCCGUCAGGUGACAAUUACCCGUCGUUUUGCUACCGCGCUUCAGUUUCCCCGUAUCUAUCUGACGCUCAGGACCCCUGCUUUGCUACAUCGUCUUCACAUACCUCCAAGUCACAGGUCUUGACACUCUCAUUUAGCUCCGGCACGCGCCAAGGCUUCGUUGAUGCCCUCAAUGAGCGCGCUGCCUUUGAAGAGGAUGCGUAUGGAGUCAGGUAUCGUAUCGAGAGCCAACCGACCGAGUCCAUCGCCGAAAUGAGAAGCAGCAAAUGGAUUGCAUAUGCUGCAAAAUCUCUCGUUGUUCGCUUCUGGGAGCUGGCCAAGAAAGCAGAUUCGCUCGACAUCCUCAUUAUUCUUGCAGGAUACAUCCUCAUGCAUGCGUCGUUUAUUCGGGUCUUUCUUUCUUCCCGUGCUUUGGGGUCUAACUUCUGGCUGAGCACCGCGAUCGUGUCCUCUUCCGUCCUUGCUCUCCUGUUGGCUUUGCCCCUGUCACACUACCUUAGUAUCCCCUUGGAUCCUAUUAGUUUGACAGAAGCACUACCGUUCCUCGUCUGCACGGUCGGCUUUGAUAAACCCUUACGGCUUGCUCGUGCGGUCUUCAACCAUCCUCACCUCGCCGCUCCCGUCAAAGAAGGGCGCUGGAGAGGUCAGAUGAAACCGGCAGGUCAUAUCGUGAUGGAAGCCAUGGAAAAAAGCGGCAAUGUCAUUCUCCGCGACUAUGGGCUUGAAAUCGCUAUUCUCGCGAUGGGUGCCAGAAGCAAAGUCGGUGGUUUGCAGGAGUUCUGUGCGUUGGCUGGACUGCUGCUCGUGUUGGACUGCAUCCUCUUUGGCACAUUCUAUUCGGCCAUUUUGACUAUCAUGGUUGAGGUCCGGAGAAUCCAAACGGCGCGAGACUCCGGUCUUUGGCACAGGAUAUCAGAAACCCUCCUCGGCGUCAAGGGUUCCAUGUUGAGGCGCGAACAUCGCGCAGCUAUUGAGACGAAGGACGAACAUCCAGCCGCCCGCUUGAAGCUACUUUUGAUUGCGUCGUUCCUGACGUUGCAUGUUCUCAAUUUCACCACUACGUUAACGCCAGUGACUAUUGCACACCGCAACUCACGAACAUCCAUCCACCACUUUACGGAUUACGCUUUCCCAAAGGUAGACAUCACUUCCCCAGCUCUCGCUAACGUCCUGAGGAAUUUGGCCAUCCUUCAUCCCGCUGAAUCUAUCCGUGGCUUCCUCAAGCCGAGUGAAGUUAUUGGAGGUAUCAUGACUGCCUGGAGUGUACUCAUUGGCGAUCCUUUCUUGUCCAAAUGGAUCAUCUUCCUUCUCGCCUGCAGCCUUGUACUCAACGGCUAUCUCCUCAAAGGUAUUGCCGAAGGUGCCAUCCGGAGCAUUCAGCCACCUAGUGUCAGGUUCCGAUCAGUCACUAGCACUAGGGUGGCGAAAGAGUCGGAUGAUAAAGAUGUUCCCGAAGCUGAAACAACUGCUGCCCGCAGGCGACCAUCAUUUACCAUUGGCGCUGAACCCAAAUCUGUACCUGAUAGCGCAGACUCGGACGAGACUCCUAAUGUCCUGCCUCCCCCUCCCGUCUUGGCACCUAUCGUUGCACCAGUCGCCGUUCAUGUGAACAAGGAAAAUGGAGUUCCAGCACAGCCAGCUGCAAUCAAGGACACGGAACUGAAAGAGAAACUCCCUGUACGCUCCUUGGAAGAAUGUAUCGAGGUCUUUGACAAUGGGCCGAAACCAGAGGUCAUUUUACUCGCACAGAAUGGCAAGAUCGCACCUUACGCGUUGGAGAAAGUUCUCGGAGAUCUUGAGCGCGCUGUCGUUAUUAGAAGAGCACUGAUUUCGCGAGCAAGCAAGACGAAGACGUUGGAAUACUCAGAUGUGCCUUAUGCCAAUUACGACUACUCACGCGUGCAAGGUGCAUGUUGCGAGAACGUCAUCGGAUACAUACCCAUUCCUCUCGGUGUGGCAGGGCCCCUCAAGAUCGAUGGCGAACAAAAGGCACUCUUGUUCGCAUCGACUUCACGCGGAUGCAAAGCUCUCAAUGCAGGAGGUGGUGUGACAACUGUUCUUACUCACGAUGCCAUGACACGUGGUCCCGCAAUCGACUUCCCCAGUCUCCUGAUGGCAGCCGAGGCGAAGGCGUGGGUGGAUUCAGACAGUGGCUACAAUAUCAUUCGCGAGGCUUUCGAGUCCACCUCCCGCUUCGCCAAGUUGCAGCGGUUAAAGACAGCACUUGCUGGUCGUACACUGUUUAGUGAUGCGAUGGGCAUGAAUAUGAUCUCUAAAGGGACGGAAAAGGCUCUUGAGGCGAUGCAAAAACACUUCCCGGAGAUGGUCACCCUCGCCCUGUCUGGCAAUUAUUGUACGGACAAGAAACCCGCUGCAAUCAACUGGAUCGAGGGACGUGGUAAGAGCGUUGUUGCCGAGGCGGUUAUUCCUGGAAAGGUUGUGAGGAGCGUCCUUAAAACUGAGGUCGACGCGUUAUGCAACUUGAACAUCAAGAAGAAUCUGGUCGGUAGCGCCAUGGCUGGUUCGAUUGGUGGUUUCAAUGCGCACGCUGCAAACAUCCUUACCGCCAUUUUCCUGGCCACUGGGCAGGACCCCGCACAAAACGUCGAGAGUUCUAAUUGCAUGACACUUAUGGAACCAAUCAAUGAUGGAGAGGAUCUUCUUAUGACAGUGACCAUGCCUGCCAUCGAGGUAGGCACCAUUGGUGGGGGUACCGUUCUAGCUCCUCAGGGGGCCGUUUUGGAGAUGCUCGGAUUGAAGGGUUCACAUCCAACCGUGCCUGGCCGAAAUGCCCAGCGCCUUGCUCGUAUCAUUGCCGCAGCGGUUAUGGCGGGUGAACUUUCGCUCCUCAGUGCCUUGGCUGCCGGUCAUCUCGUUCGUGCACACUUGGUCCACAACCGCUCUCAAGCCAACACGCCUAAUUCAUCCCGACCCGUUACGCCUGGACUGAGUCCCAGUGACAUUGUGUGGGAACAAAGGACAGUAGAGAAGAGCCGUCCUUUACUUCGGCAGCCUCUCACACCUUCGUCUUCCACAUCGUCACUGCCCCCGUAUUCAGCAGAGAAGCAGUAAGUGCAUGAGGUGUGGUUGAGUGGCAUUCUAUUGCGUUUUUACCCACCGUCAACAUAUCUUGAUGACACUUUGUGAACACGAUCAUUGUUAAUUUACCCGCAGCUUGGCAUCUCUUCUUUCACAUCUAUUGUUUAAUAUAUUUGCAUCGACUACUUCAUUUUGUCGACUACAAUUGUCCUACAUACAUAUGCAGCCCUAUGUGUAGAGAAGCAUAGAAUGGCAACAUGAUCCGUUUCCAGCAC